GCCAGAUAAACUUUACAUAGCAUUAGAUAAGGAGUCAUCAAGGCUUCAACUCUUGAACUAGAUAGAUAAAAUCCAGAUAAAACACGUGUAAGAUGCGUAAAACACUUAGAUUUGCCGUGUUUUUGCGAGAAGCUUUUCAGUUGCAUUUCGUCUUUGAGGAAGAAUUGUUGUUUUGCGCAAAAAAGUGAAAUGUCUUUUGAAAACGCUAAAGAGUAUUUUGAGGGAAAUAAUUUUACAUUCACCCUUACGAGAAAUAUUCUCGAUGAGUUCUUCGACUGGAUAGAGUGGAGAAAGGAUGGGAAGGAUUCGCUUUUAGACAUCGGCAGUGGGCCUGGAAAUACUCUUCGUGAGAUAUUUUAUCCUCGAUUGUCGUCCAACUUCUCCAGACUCGUGCUUUCGGACAUCUCUGAGCCAAUGGUUGAGCUGCAGAAGAGGGAAUUCGAGGGAAUUGAGCGAGUUUCGUGCGAAGUGUUGGAUAUUGGAGUGGAAAUUGAUGGGAAUUUGGCGAGAAAACUUGGAACUUUCGAUCAUGUGACGUCAUUUUUCUGCUUGAUGUGGAUUAAGGAUCAACAGCAGGCCAUGGACAACAUCUACAGCCUUCUUAAGCCCGGUGGCGAUUGCUUUCUUGUGAUUUCAACUGACACUCCGGCUAUCGAUGCAAUCUUGUCGGUUUGUGAGAAGCCUCGAUGGAAGGAAUAUUUCACAGGAUGGGAAGAUUUCUAUGCCUUUCCGUACAGGAAAAUCAAUGAAGCUAAAGCUAAGGCUGUAAAUUUCAUGGAGAAAUCAGGAUUCAAAAAUCUAAGAGUAGAAUUCGGGAAAGUUCCUUUUGAAUUUGGCUCUGAUAGAGCAAAAGAGAAUUUCCUCAAAUCAAUGCCAAAUAAAUUCGCCAAGAAUGUUACAGCAGAAGAAGAAGAGGAAAUCUUCCAAGAACGUCUUCAAUACUUCGAUCAAUUCGUACUUGGACAGUAUCGAGAUAAUACUGGGAGAAUUUAUAAGCCAAACAGCUAUUUGAUUUUAUAUGGAAAGAAGGGUAAAUAAAAGUGUGAUUUC